GGAGUGGGAGGCCCGCGCACGAUGUUGCCUGCAGCCGCACUUUCCGCGCUGCCGAUUCACCGAACGUGACAACGAUUAUAUUCUAUUUGGUAUUUAUUCCCAAAACUUAAUUCGCUCAAUUAGAUCACCUGAUACCGCGAGUUUAUUCUGUUUGUGUGUAAUGAUCACCAGAUACCGCGAGUUUAUUCUGUUUGUGUGCAAUGUGUUUUUAAAUUAGCAUUACGAAUGGUGAAUCCGCGGCGCGGAAUCGAGCGUUGGCUGCCGGGGGUGGGGGGUGUGGUGGUGUCCGAUCUCGGGCACCAUGGCGGCAGGGUUCAAGUGAGUCUGGGAGUCGCGGCCGGGAGUCCAACUCGGCUCGCUCGCCUACAACCAGCGACGGGGGGGACAGCAGAGCCAGUGGAAUAUUACAGGAGUUUUCUGAAAGAAAACUGCAGGCCAGAUGGCAGAGAACUGGGAGAAUUUCGCGUCACCACACUGAAUAUCGGCUCGCUCUCCACGGCCGAUGGCUCAGCGCUGGUCAAAGUGGGAAACACCACGGUGAUCUGUGGUGUGAAGGGGGAACUCGCUGCCCCAACCUCUGAAGCGCCAGACCAGGGAUUCAUCGUGCCGAACUUGGAGCUGCCGCCGCUUUGCUCUCCACGCUUCCGGCCCGGGCCCCCCGGUGAGCAAGCGCAGGCGGCAAGCCAGUUCCUGGCGGACGUCAUUGACAGCUCUCAUAUCAUUGCCCUUCAGGAUCUGUGCAUAGAGAAGGGGAAGCUCGCUUGGGUGCUGUACUGUGACUUGAUGUGCCUGGACUAUGAUGGGAACAUAUUGGACGCGUGCUCUAUUGCACUUCUGGCCGCAUUACAGAACCUGACGCUGCCCAAGGUCGGCGUGAGCAAGGAGACCGGCCUGGCCCAGGUGACCGUGCAGGAGAGGUUGCCUGUGAAGGUUGGCAACUACCCAGUGUCCACGUCCUUUUCCAUCUUCGAUGGCACGGUGCUCCUGGUUGACCCCACGGAUGAGGAGGAGGCGCUGUCGUGUGGCAUGGUCACCAUCGUGACGGACGAGGAGGACCAACUGUGCGCCGUCCACAAGCCCGGAGGCAGCCCCCUCUCCGCAGAGCAGAUGCAGGACUGUGUGACGCGCGCCGUCCAGCGGGGAGCGGAGGUUCGGCGCCUGCUGCAUGAAACCCUCAAGAGCGUUGGACGCUAGCGACCCCCGCCCCCAUCGUCCACCCACGUACCAGAGCAAGUUCCGGCCACGUAUGGUGGCUCCAAGUCUGUUAACGAGGCACGUAGCAAUUCAGCCUCCCCCUCCCCCCCCCCCAUGGUCGGUUGGGAUCAUCGGUUGGAAUUGGAGGUCGCGAUUUGGUUUGAGAAUUGAUCCUUCCUUUGUCCCGUUUGGAAGUCUCGCCUGUACUGCGUGUCUUGUUUAUAUUUGUGUUAUUGUACUGUGCUGUCUUGUUUGUGUACUGUCGAGUGAGACUGCCUCAUUUCUGCCCUCAUGUUUUUUUUUUUAAUGAUUCACCUUCGUCAAUUUCAUCCGUACUGUUUAGUUUGUACCAUCUUCCCCAUCUGUACUGCGUGUCUUGCCCGUACUUUUGUUUGUCCUUGAUUCCCACCAUCACUCUAAAGGGAUAAAUGUGGAUAAAAAUUGCGUUAAGUGAAGAUAAUCGAUUCUUACGCACAUCAAGAAUCUCUUUUAGUUAAUCUUUACAUGCCUAUUGUUAACAGCUGACGGUGCCACUGUGCAGAUACAAUGUUAUUCAUUCGAAUAGUGUGACCGUCUAGUUCACACUUGUCAUUGGUGAACCCAACUGCUGAGCAAGAUUGACAGAACGUUGCCCUAGUUGGGGAUCAGCGCAGUGGACGUGUUGAUGGUUUCAAAUGAACAAAUUAUCCGGAAAGUACAAAUACCCCGUGGUGCAUUGGUCACACAGCAGCCGCUGUUGACUUGUCACGUAGCAGUGGUCAAUGGUACUGGUUAUUUUAUUCACCUCAGGGGGAUGAUUGUCAAAGUUGGACGCGUAAUUGUGUAAAGUGCAAGUCUUUCAAGCGUGGUCAUUUAAGCCACUCUGCAAGGUCUUGUACUUUUUGUUGGAGAUUGCUAUAAAUACAAGUUGACUAAAUGCGGAUGAGCGAUGAAUACACAUAUUUUUGUAAAGAAAAUGCUCCAAGGUUAUCGGUGAGCUCAAUAUAUAUCGUAUCAGAUUUGGAAUGUUUUUUUUUUCAUACGAUUGUGGUUCA